AUGGGCGGAAGGUCGGCCAUACGUGCGGCCGUAAUCGCGGUACUCAUGGCCGCCUUGGGGCACUGCCGUUUCAGAGUGACCGAGGCCCGCAAUCUUUUCCAACAAAAUCCAAGUGCGACUCUGAGAGAGGGACUAGCGGCCGGCCCUGUCCCUUUAGAGGAAGACGACGACCUGCCCGCCGUGCUCAAAGACGAGAACCUUGGCGCCAACGAAGCAUGGUUCACAGCCGCAGAGAGCGGCAACAUCACCGCCAUCAAUUCGAUGCUGGACAACGGCGUCGAUCCCAACGCUGCCCGGGAUGACGGCUCGACGGCGCUCAUACUGGCGGCGAGGUUCGGCCACAAGGCUAUCGUUGUCGCAUUGCUGGAGGCCAGCGCGCAGGUGAAUGGCUACGACAACAGCGGCGACACGGCGCUUCUAGCGGCAUCCAGUGCUGGCCACGUGGACGUCGUCUCUCUCCUGCUCCAAGCCGGCGCCGACCCUUCCCACUCAAACGAUCUCGGGCUCACGGCCCUCUCCGCCGCAGCUCAGGCAGGCCACGCAGCUGUUCUGGCACUUCUGCCUGGCCAACCGCCGGACCUCUCCGUAGCACUGCUCGUCGCAGCUGAGGCCGGGCAGACGGCUGCGGUAUCUGCUCUCAUCAAACGAGAUGUCGAUUUGGAGAUGCGAUCGCCGAGGCACAGCGGAGCAACAGUUCUGGGCGUGGCGGCUGCAGUUCCAGGUGGGGAAGAGGUUGUGAGAGAAUUGCUGAGGGCGGGCGCGGACGUUGGGGCGACCAACGCUGAUGGCUGGACGCCGCUGCACUGGGCCGCGGCUUUUGGGGAUGGGAGUGUUGUGGAGGCGCUGUUGGAAGGUGGGGCGCAGGUGGAAGUAAGGGAGGGUGACGGGCUAACGCCGCUGAUGGUGGCAGCGGCGCGGGGAAAUGUGGCAACCGCGAGGGCGUUGGUCGGGGCAGGAGCCGACGUGAAUGCCAGAUCCACGGAGACCUUGCAAACGCCAUUGCAUUUCGUCUUAACCUCCGGCAAUCUGAAGCUGCUGGACCUGCUUCUGAAAAGCGGAGCUGAUCCGAAGAUCAAGGACAUCAAUGGCGACACCCCAGGCGACGUAUUGGACAAAGGCACAGCCCUUCCUGACCUGUCGGUCACACAGCGCCGCGUGUUCAAAUUCAUGAUGGGCUUUCUGGAACUUUCUGACGUGAAGGAUGGCGACAUUCAGUACUUAUACUCGCAACUCCCAACUGCGCGGGUGGAUCAAUUACUGGCAGGCCGGGGGUGA